GCUGUUCCUUAGUCCCCUCCCGCUAAUUCGGUACGAGUCACUCGGUGCCAGCGCCAGUGUGUGUCCCAAGGCUUUUCUGGUUCCGUCUCGCUGUGCUUCCCAUUCUCAUGUCCGUGCCCUGUGCGGGUCAUUGCUUGCGGUCCUGGAUCGGGCGCAACACAGAUUGAGCAAACCGGGCGUGUGCACUCCGGAGGAGCGAGCGUAACGGGCCGCUUGUGGAGCUUGUUGGUAACUGUGUGGUUGCAGGCUUCAGCCGUGUGUCUUUCCCAGCCGGGUCUGCUGUGAAGCGAAUCCCAGAUCCCAGGGAUGUACAUGCAGGUGCAGACACGAACCAGCACCCGCCUCCAUCUGACGAGGGCUCCAGGAAUCCGGUCUUGGUCCCUGCUGGUCGGAAUAUUAUCCACUGGCCUGGCUGCUGCCUAUUACAGUGGAGAUAGUCUGGGCUGGAAGCUCUUCUAUGUCACAGGCUGCCUGUUUGUGGCUGUUCAGAACUUGGAGGACUGGGAGGAAGCCAUUUUCAACAAGAGCACUGGGAAGGUCAUCUUAAAAACAUUCAGCCUCUACAAGAAACUACUGACUCUUCUCAGAGCAGGCCAUGACCAAGUGGUGGUCCUGCUGAAAGACAUCCAGGAUGUGAAUGUGGAGGAGGAGAAGGUCCGUUACUUUGGGAAGGGCUACACUGUGGUGCUCCGGUUUGCAACAGGUUUUUCCCAUCCCCUUACUCAGAGUGCAGUCAUGGGCCGACGGAGUGAUGUGGAAGCCAUUGCCAAACUCAUCACUAGCUUCUUGGAGCUGCACCGCCUGGAGAGCCCCUCAGAACGGUCACAAAGCAGUGACAGUGAAGCUGAUGGCCCUGGUGAUCAGAGCUGACAGUGUGGAAUGGCUGCUGGUAAAUGUCACCCACUGCUGACAUGUCUCCAACUGACUUGCCAAUUAUGAGCAUGCAGGCAGAUCUUGGGCACCUGCCUAUGGCUCCUUGGGCAAUUCUUGUGUGGACCACCUGCCCUUUGCUUGUUUAUGCUUCUAUGCUUUGCAGAACCUUGGGCUGGAUGUUCUCCAUAGCCCAGAAAGACUGCAUCCAUCAUGAUGCAGGAGGUGGGUGCUACAUCCAGAGGAGGGCAGGAUCUCAGAACUCAGUGCCUUCUCCAGAGUUAGUCGGCAGUUCUGGCUCAAGCAGCACAAUCUGGUUUGGAUAAGCUCACCCAAGGGCAUCUGAGGUACAGUCUUCAUUCAGCAUAGGCCUCGGACCUGCCUUCAAAAGGCCUUGCCACCCCAGGCUAUUGUAGUGAGAGUGAGACACCCACAUGCCUGUAAGGAGGACCCUCUCUCUGUGCACAGCAGUGCUGACUUGCUGCCAUAAAUCCUGAUGUCUCUUCUCUCUAAGCAUCCCUCUUUGAAAAAUGGACAUUCUUGUGUUCAGGGGCUCUCCUGAAGGAAGCUCUGAAUGCUGGGUACCUGGGUGCUGCCUGGGUGCAGAACUCCGAGAGGAGUGCUGCUGACUGCCCUGUUCCUUCGCACACCACUUGUCUGAGGUCCCAGCAGGGUUAUAGCAGCUGUUAGGAACAGAAGGCUCUCCCAACCCAACCUGGGGAGAAGCUGCUCGUGGAGGAGAAGCCACCUCUGGCAUCCUGCAGCCUUUAAGACCUGGGAGCUCCUUUACAGAAAUCGGUCUUAGCCUCUCAAGCCUUGAAAAGAAGAUGGACAUGUGAGACACACCCCUGUAAAUCCCAAUCUUAAGAAGUGGGGCCUGAAGAAAAUUCAAGGCUAGUGCCGGCCACUGCCUCUUCUAACAGAAGUUGGUACCAGCCACUGAUGGCUCUUUUCUGCUCUUCUAGUUUUCUUUUGAGUGGACUCAAGUCCCUCAAAAGUACAGUGUUCACAAAGUUCCCAACUUGGCUUCCAGGCCUGAAAGCUGUGGACCUCUGGUUUGCACAUAGCCCCCUCCCCCAAGCUGUGAACCUAUGCCUGGCCAGGUAGAACUGGGAAAUGAGGAGUAGUUAUAUAGACAAAGAAGUCAAGGCAGCCUUGAGGCCACUGUACCUGGGCUGAGCAGGAGUAGUGAGGCCAGGACCUUUAACAGGUCUUUGAAGUGACUGCUACCAGUUCUGACUUGGGGAACACGGUCCCUUGAACAUGCCAAAGUGAGCUUUUUAAAUGGCCAAGUUAGACAAAACUUUUUCCAUAAAUGAAAAGUGGAAUACAGAUGUUGGUUUUUUGGCUUGUUACCUGACUCUUAAGGUACUUUAGACAAGGGAGAAGAGUCUCUCUCUUGGGUGCUUUCAAAUACCCUUCCUGUAUUUCCCAGUGCUGGGACUCAUUCCUGGGUGAAGGAAUGAAGCCCUUUUUAUAAGCCAGGGGUGUGGUAAAACGCUCAUUCAAGUUUCUGUUAGGAUUUUUGCUUCUACUGGUCUUUUUAAUUCAUAAUUAAUAAAGCUGUACAUGCAGAUUGCAAA